CCUCCCUCCGCGUCUGGCGCGCUGUACAAUGGCGGCUCCUAGCCCUGGUCCCGGCUCUGGCUCCGGCCCCGGGUCGCAGGCGGCGCAGACGACAGUCAGCAGCAUGCAGGGCUUUCAGAUAAACUUCUGUGAAAAAGCACAAAGUAAGCGCAGAGCACUGAAGCUGAAUUUUGCAAACCCACCUUUCAAAUCCACAGCACGAUUUACUUUGAACCCCGGAGUUCCUUUUCAGAAUCCACACAUUGAUACUCAAGCAACAAUGGGUAGUAAUCACAUUGCCCCCUUCACGUUCAAAAGGAGAGAGGCGGAGAUGAUCGUGAAACUUUCCAGCAGGCUACAAGAGAGACUGAGAACACACAGCAUUGAAUCAUCAGGAAAAUUGAAGAUUUCCCCUGAACAGCAUUGGGAUUUUACUGCAGAGGACUUGAAAGACCUUGGAGAAAUUGGACGAGGCGCUUAUGGGUCUGUCAACAAAAUGGUCCACAAACCAAGUGGGCAAAUUAUGGCUGUUAAAAGAAUUCGAUCAACAGUGGAUGAAAAGGAACAGAAACAGCUUUUAAUGGAUCUGGAUGUAGUAAUGCGAAGCAGUGACUGCCCGUAUAUUGUUCAGUUUUAUGGAGCACUCUUCAGAGAGGGUGACUGUUGGAUCUGUAUGGAGCUCAUGUCUACCUCGUUUGAUAAAUUUUACAAAUAUGUAUAUAGUGUACUAGAUGACGUUAUUCCAGAAGAAAUUCUAGGCAAAAUCACUUUAGCUACUGUGAAAGCAUUAAACCACUUAAAAGAAAACUUGAAAAUCAUUCACAGAGAUAUUAAACCUUCCAAUAUUCUUCUGGAUAGAAAUGGGAAUAUUAAACUCUGUGAUUUUGGCAUUAGUGGACAACUUGUAGACUCCAUUGCCAAAACCAGAGAUGCUGGAUGUCGGCCAUACAUGGCACCAGAGAGGAUAGACCCUAGUGCAUCCAGGCAAGGAUAUGAUGUCCGUUCUGAUGUUUGGAGCUUAGGGAUUACAUUGUAUGAGUUAGCCACAGGACGUUUUCCCUAUCCUAAAUGGAAUAGUGUAUUUGAUCAGCUGACACAAGUGGUCAAAGGAGAUCCACCACAAUUGAGCAACUCAGAGGAACGGGAGUUCUCCCAAAGUUUUAUCAACUUUGUCAACUUGUGCCUUACUAAGGAUGAAUCCAAAAGGCCAAAGUAUAAGGAGCUUCUGAAACAUCCCUUCAUUCUAAUGUAUGAGGAACGAACAGUGGAUGUUGCAUGCUAUGUUUGUAAAAUCCUGGAUCAAAUGCCAACAACUCCCAGCUCACCAAUGUAUGUUGAUUGAUACUGCUGCUAUAUCAAAACUGUAGUGCAAGUGCUGAGAGAAAGCAAGAUGUACAGAAUCUUCACCCCAUAUUGCAGUGUUUUAAUGCUCGCCCAGACACCAUGUGCAAUAAUGUUGGUGUUUCUCCUCCAUUCUGUCUGUAUAUCAUUGUCACUUACAAAGUGCAUCCAUGUAAUAUCCGAUUUCACAGUGUUAGUGUCAAGUCAAAGAGAGACUUUGUUUCGCUCUUUUUGUGGACAUAAUACAUAAAAAUGUGGAAAUAAGUAACAUUUUAUUUGUUGGCCGUGAUUGGAUAGCACCUAAAGUUAAGUUCUAAACUCAGAAGCUUCUCAGCAGCUACUGGAGGGAUUUUAUUCUCAAACUCUUCCAACUGCUACAAAUAAUUUAAAGGGAAGGAAGUUAGUUGUUGGUCUGUCUGAUUCGAAACGUAAAAAAAUACUGCCUGGGAGACAGUAACUUGUGCAGCCGAAUGGAGCUACUUUUACCUUCUGGAGCUAGCAAAGGCAAACGGGGGAUAAUAUAUAAAUAUAUAAAUAUAUAUAUAAAUAUAUUUUUCUUCACAAAGUGCAAUAGAUUGAGUUGAAAUUCUGUUGCUUUUCAGCCACAGUGUAUAUUUUUUAAAACAGUGCAGCUCAGCAGAACUUCAUAGUGUUGGGGGAGGAAAGAGUGAUCAUGUAAAAUGGAUUAUUUCUUUACCAAAAACAUUCAGUGCGUUGAAAGAGCUAACAAUUCAACUUACAAGAGAGGAGGAAUAAUGUAUUCUUUCACUUUCCGAGGAAACCGAUCUUCAGCAGAACUAGUAUCCUACAAACUGUUAACCAAUGACAUAAAAUUCUGAACUGAGGAAUUAUUAAACUAUUCAGUGGAAUUUAA